CUGGGCGUGUGCUGCUUUUUGACAACCCCAAGGCAGUAUGGAGAUGAGGGACAACAACUGCAGCUCUGACUCCAUUUACCAGAAGAGCAAUUACGUUCGCGGGGUGUCCGGGGCGAGCUGCGCGGCGUCACUCGUGGGCUCCGUCCUCAUAAUCCUCUCCUACAUGUGCUUCAAGAGGCUGCGGACCAAGGUGCGGGAGAUACUUGUCCACCUCUCCGUGGCCGACUCUGGCGUCGCAGCCGCCAAUCUGGUGGGAAUCGUCGUCUACUUUGACAGAUUCUACGACGUCCAGUGCGACGACGAAGGAAAAGUGUACAACAUAGUUCCUCCUCAGCAUCGAAUCACAAUCCUGUGCAACGUCCAGGCAUUCUUCGCCCUAUACUUUACUCUCAGCUCGAUACUGUGGACAGUGUCGCUGGCAGUCUAUCUCUACUUUCUCCUGGUGCACCACGGGACCUCCAAAGCCAGGCUAUUCCUCAUGUUUGCCUACUUUUUCUGCUACGGCAUGCCUCUCUUGCUCACACUGUGGGCAAUGCUGACUUACAAACUGGGCUACUCUCCAUACAACUCUGCUGGCUGGUGCAGUGUAAUACUUGUUAACCCCGUAUACCCUCAUCAGAGGGAUAUAUUUAUGGGGAUCAUUGGUUAUGAUAUGUGGAUCUACCUGGCUCUGGUUCUGGUGUCUGUUCUCUACUUUGCCAUUAGAGCAUUCCUCCGAGAAGAGCUUGAAAGAACAAAGAACUAUGUACCAAAGAAGCAGUUCUGGAAGGCGGUCAAUGUCCUCGAGUACAAGUUUCUCUCCAUUCCUAUUGCCUUCUUCCUCCUGCGGAUGUGGACCUGCAUCAUAAACCUCUAUGUCUACAGUGACAACCCUGGACGUAUACCCCAGGCUCUCGUCUACUUGUCUCAGCAGCAGCAGCUCAGGAAAGCCAAAGAGCUGGAGGUAGCUGCCCAUACGAUGGCCUGGAGCGAGGAGAGAGUAGUGUGCGGCGAAGACCAGGAUAGCCAACCCCUGCGUUGGGAGGGCGGCGUCCCAUUCAGAGUUCUGGUGGGGAUCGCUUGCGUCCUAUCCAUGUUCGGGGCGACGCUCAUCAUCGCCAGCUACGUCUUCUUCAAGAGCCUGCGGAACCGUGCCCGACUCGUCCUGGUCCACAUCUCCCUCAUGGAUCUGGGCACGGCCCUCACUAAAUUCGUCGGUAAUGCCGUCUCCUUCGACCGCUACUACGUCUCCUACAACGGCUCCUGCACAGUGUACCACUCCCCACAACAUGACCACAUCCAGCCAUUGUGCGAGGGCCAGGCCUUCUUUCUCCACUUCUUCACGCUGGGCUCAGUUCUCUGGACGACUGUUCUCGCAGUCUACCUCUACUUUCUACUGAUGCACCACCAGACCUCCUAUGCCCAUCGCUCCCUCCAGGCCUCCUACUUUCUCUGCUACGGUCUGGCCCUGUGUGUGAGCCUGUGGCUGCUCCUCUCGGGGAAGCUGGGCUAUGGAGGCAACAGCUACUGCGGCCAGGUCGUCAGUGAUCCUAUGACUGGUCGUCUGAAUCAGUACGCAGCCGUGUUUGGCUAUGAUCUCUGGGCCUAUUUCUCCAUGACGUUUGUCCCUGUGCUCUACCUAGCUGUUCACCUCUACCUCAGAGAUGUGUUAAAGAAAAGCAAACACUAUCUCCGUGACGGAGAGGAGAGAUUUAGAGAGGCGCUGACGAUCCUUGAUUACUGGUUUUUCCUCAUCCCACUCAUGUUUACUCUCCUGCGAAUGUGGACCUGCAUGCAGAUUCUCUUUGAGGUCUACAUCCAGUUGAAAGGAGUGCCCCCUCAAAUUAAAAUCCUCGUCUUUUACCUCUCGACCAUUCUGCUCCAGAACAUGUUCCAGAAUCCCAAUAACCAGACCCAGAACCCAGGAGUCCAACCAUUGACCACAGAAGAAGAGCAGAGGCGAUUCGAUACAUUCUUUGAGGAUGUUUUUGUGGAGUGCAACGAAAAGUAUGGAGCUAUUGAGGAGAUGAAUGUGUGUGAUAAUCUGGGGGAUCAUCUGGUGGGGAACGUCUACAUCAAGUUCAAGGAUGAGGAGAGUGCGGAGAAGGCAGUGGUGUCUCUCAACAACAGGUGGUACAACGGACUGCCCAUCCACGCAGAGCUGUCUCCCGUCACUGACUUUAGGGAGGCCUGCUGUCGGCAGUAUGAGAUGGGGGAAUGCACAAGGGGAGGGUUCUGCAACUUCAUGCACCUGAAGCCUAUCUCCAGAGACCUCUAUCGCUACCUGUACCCUCGCAAGAACUACCACCGCAAGUUCUCCCGCAGUCGGUCUCGCAGUCCACACAGCUCCAUCUCAGUCAUGUCCCUGCAUCUACUGCUGCUGCACGAGCUCCACGAACGGUCGUCUGACGCCGUCUCGUCCGAGUCACCGACGUACAACUGGUCCACCAACGCCAGCACCGUCGACCCUCUGGAGGACAAGAAAGUCUGGCUGCGAGUGGUGGUGGCGAGCGUGUCCCUUCUCUCGAUGAUAGGUGCUCUCCUUAUAGUCCUCUCCUACGUGUGCAUCGCCAGCAUCAGGACAAGGUCGCGGGAGAUCCUCGUGCACCUCUCCCUGGCCGACUUUGGCGUGGCCUGCGCCAACUUUGUCGGGGUGGUCGUCGAUUUUGACAGGUACAUCAGGACGUGUCACGAGAGCAGCAACCACCACUGGUGCGACGACGUGCACCACCUCUGCACGGCGCAGGCCUUCUUCGGGGGGUUCUCAACCAUAGCCUCAAUCCUGUGGACCCUCUCUCUCUCGGUGUACAUAUACCUCCUGGUGGUGCACGAGCCGCAGAGACUCCACACCAAGGCCGUCUACUUCUUCUACCUGUUCUGCUGGGGGAUGCCCCUGCUCAUCUCCCUCUGGCUGGUACUCACAGGUCGACUGGGCCACUCUCCUCACGGAGGGUCCGGCUGGUGUUCUCUGAAGAUAGAGCAGGAGAGCCGUUCCACUGGUAUUCUGAUCACCGUUCUCGGCAACGACCUGUGGAUAUACCUCACUGUCGUUGUGGUCACCGUCCUGUACCUCACCACUCACUGCCACAUCAAACAUCAUGCCUAUCUACAGAGCACACUGCAGUCGCGGCCCCACAGCUCCUCAGUGGUCACGUCAGUGGACAUCAAGUUCCUCCUGAUCCCCCUGGCCUUCCUCCUCCUGAGACUGGGCAGUAUGGUGGUCGUCAUUGUCUACGUCUAUGCACAGGCUACCAUAUCUCUCCUAGCAACUUACAUCCUCCUCUGUAUAGCUGGCAUUGGAGAUUCUGGGCAGGGAUUUGUGAAUGCCGUCCUGUUCUGUGUGUUCACGGCCAAGGUGAGAGAGAAGUUCAAGAUCGGACUCGCCAGACUCCGCCACUGUCCCUGUUGCAAGAGACACCCCUACAAUUAUGACCUCCAGUACUCCACAAGCACCAACUAUUCGACCACCGAAUCACACACCAAUACGAAAAUGAAAAUGGCUCAGAGGUCCUACUCCCAUCUGGUGGGUGUACCGAAGGCCCUCCUCCCGGCCUCCACGGACCAGUACGGAGACACCAUCCUGGAUUGCUGGUGGACAGCUCUGAAAAGGUCCGAACCUCCUCCACUGGAUCGUCAGCAGUUCAGAGAGGUCUACCUGGUGACUAACGCUGCCAAAUUUAAGUAUUACGAGCGAUGGGCUUCAGCACACGAGUUCCCCUUCCAGAAUAUCAUCAACGAUGGCUCCACCACUCCUGAUAACAGUUUAGGAGCCAUUGCUGACCUUGACCUGGCCAUUCGGAGCAAGAAUAUUGAAGACGAUGUCAUGGUGGUGUCUGGUGACAUGCUCUUCAGCCAUAACUUUGAUGUGGGACAAGUCCUAGACUACUUCAAGCUCCGUAAGGGAGAUUUGGCUAUAUACUACGAGCUGGGAGAAGGGGAGGACCCGAGGAAGAGAGGAAUUGUGGAAGUGGACCACACCACUGGCAGAAUCACCAACUUCCUGGAGAAGCCAGAGAGCCACGAGACGGAGUCCCGUCUAGCCAGCCCCGUCUUCUACUGCCUCCGCCGCAGCUCUGUCCAGUUCCUCAUCGCCUACAGUGAGACUGUCCCGGACAGGAAACACAGUGCCCUCGGACACUUCAUGUCGUGGCUGGUACAGCAGACAACAGUGUACGGGAUGAAGCUCCCGUCAACGUUCCAGUUGAUAGGUCAGGUCGGGCUGGAGGAGUACCGUCGUGGGGUCCAGUGGUUUGAGGAAUCCCAGCUGACCUCCAGGACCAAGGCCGCACCCAUCACCUACCGCUGCUAUGCCAGGGUGGGGUUGAUAGGAAACCCGUCUGACGGGUUCUACGGCAAGACAAUCUCGUUUACCAUCAGCAACUUUUGGGCCGAGGUCACCAUCACAGAGUCCUCUCGACUGAAAUUGAACCUCCAUCCUCUGAAUGACCCGACUGAGUUUGGCAGCCUCUCUGAUCUCUACCUCGUCAGUCGCAAGGAGGGCUAUCUCGGUGGACUCAGGCUCCUCCAGGCUACCUGUAAAAAGUUUUACCAGUACUGCGCCCAGCACGGAAUAGCACUGGGACGGAGGAACUUUGCACUGCAGUACGAUACAAACAUCCCGAGACAAGUGGGUCUUGCAGGUAGCAGUGCCAUCAUCACAGCCACCAUGAAAUGCCUCCUCAAGUUUUUCAACCUCUCUGCAUCAGACAUGCCGAAGCCACUGCAGCCCAACUUUGUGCUGGACGUGGAGGCCAGUGAGCUGUUCAUUCAGGCAGGACUCCAGGACAGAGUCAUACAGGUGUAUGAGGGAGUGGUGUACAUGGACUUUAGCAAGUCUCUCAUGGAGUCUCAGAGACAUGGUAACUAUGAGUACCUGCCAGCGGACAAACUGCCUCCCCUGUGGCUGGCCUACCUCAGUGACCCCAGCGACUCCGGCAAGAUACACAGCAACAUCAAACAGAGAUGGCUACAGAAGGACAAAGAGGUCUUAGAAGCCAUGGACCACUUUGCUGAGUUGACUGACAAGGCAAAAGAUGCCAUUAUGAAACAAGACUAUAAACGGUUGUCAGCACUGAUGGAUGAUAACUUUGACACACGAAGGAAAAUCUACAGAGACCAAGCCCUCGGGGAAGCCAACUUGGAGAUGAUUGAAAUUGCUCGGAAGCAUGGCUCCUCAGCCAAGUUCUCAGGCAGCGGAGGGGCAGUAAUUGGAAUCUGUUUGGACCAGACGAAGAAGUUGCCUAUGAUGCAAGAGUUCAGAUCAAAGGGAUUUGUGUUCUGUGACCUUGGAGUCUACACGCCUCAGCUUCCCAGUGAUGUGGCUACCACAACCCCUCCCGCAGCAAACUUGUGA